UCAAAAUCAGUGCUUUUCACCGGGGAUGAAGUUUAUAGCAAGGCUGAGGGAUACCAAAGGAACUCAGGCCUGCGAUUACAUUCUUGGGGAUUUUAUUGUGAACAAUGUUAGGAAAACGCUUUAUCAUUGCAUUUCGUCAUUCAGUGGAAACCUGGAUGAAGAAAACAGCUUGUUACAUCUCAUCAAAGUUGAGUAUGCAAAUCUGGCGGAAGCUUUCCAUCUGUCCUCAGAAGCAGUAGAUGAUUUACCCAGGGUUGCUUCUAAAUUACUCAAUUUAUACCGGACAGGAAGGCUUGGUCAUUAUUCCUUAGACUCUGUUCCAAGCAAACACUGGUAGCGGCAGUGAACAUGGAGGUGCGACAGCUGGCUGUAUCCGUGCGCCAGUCGUGGAUUUACAAAUUAGAAUUGCUAUUUUAUGUUGUUUUUAGAAAUAUAUUAAGUAAAACUAAUAUUUUUUAUGUAUUUUGCAUGUAAUAAGUUUAACUAAUAGUGGCAAAACAUGGCUAAAUAAAAGUAUGAAAUUGUUGCAUACAUUUGUCUAAGCCUUGUUUGAAUGUGUCAUGGCCCAAAUAUUAUUACUACAUACGUAGUUCUCCCUCCGUUCCUAAAUAAAUU